UAUGAGCACAUCGGUCGACCUGAAUUUGAUGCAGGAUAUUGGGCUCUUUGGGGAUCUUGGCCAAUGAGCCUGUAAACGCCAACAUCUUCCCUUCUCGCGCAUCAUCCUCGUUCUCUUCGUUCUCUUCGAUGGCGCCAGCGCAUCCCAAAUACCAAGCUGGCCAUGCUUAUCCCCAACAAAAAUGAGAUUAUUCGUUUUCUCCGGGUGGUAAGCCAUGGAAUAAACACUCUCCCUCGUAACCUUGGCUCGCGAUAGCACGACCCAUGCGGCUAAGUCUUUCCCUGACAGCUUCCCAGCGCCGUAGCCUCGUGGGUAACUACUUUCUCGAGAAAAGUCACGACACACCGGGCAAAUGCGCGAGCAAUGCCUUUCCACCUGAAAUGGUCAGACCUGCUCCUGCCUCACGCUGAGGUUUUUGUCGGAAAUGCCAUUCUGAGUCGCUCCUUGCGCUCUUCAGGACGCAUCAAGGAAAUUAGUUGUCGAAUCCGUGCAUUUCGCCACUUCGAGUUCCGCUGCAGCAAUGUUGGCAAGGGUGGAUGGCACCUUAUCCUUGACUGUCUUCUUCGCGACAUUGGUAUUGGCAGAUACUCCGACCUUGAAGGGCGCUCUAAUAGGUCUGUUUUCGUGAUCGAUGAGGAGGCACCAGACUUUCAUGGCGGUGAUGGGCCAUCUUGUAGCAACCUCGAAUGCUUGCAUGGAAUAUCCAUUGAAUCAAACGAUAACGCGGGUAGGACUGCUGAUGCGUCACUCUUUCACCCCGGUAAUUCUCCUGAUCCCCGACUUCGUCUCUGCGUUCAUGUAUCAACCACACUGGAUUCUGCCUUCUGUAUCUUGUGUCUCGGUGCCCUAAUUAUGCAUCCCUUUCCCUGUCUCGCGAUGUCCAAAACUCUACGAGCACGAUCCGCACUUCCAGUUUCGACAUGCUUUUCCUAAGGUGACUGUCUCCGAGUAUGCUGAAGUGGAACCCGGGGCUGUUUAGUCGCACUGUUGAAUUGAAGAAUCAAGAAGAAAAGAAAAUUAUGGGAGAAUGCUAAUAUCGUGAUGUAACAAAACAACCCCCGAAAGUGUAAGGGCAGUGGGCGCUUGCCGCGCCAGCCGUAGUUAUUACUCAUUUAUAGGUCACUACUCAGGGCGACGCUUCACAUCUAGCAGAAACCCUGGUGCUAGUCAAGUUCUCCUACAUAUGGCUGGGACGGCAUUCGGACGACGUGGUGAUGGUUGACUGCUAUGGGAAAACGCAAAUGGCCUGGUAUAAACGACUCUGCAUAUAUGUUUUGAAGGCGACUAUCGAGAGGACAUUCGAUUCGAUUCCUUGAAUCAAAAGACUAGAGCGCUGAAGCGCCCAACCCAAACAAUGUAGAUCCACACGAUGUCUAGCUA